CAAUUACAACCCUACCUGUACAAUCAUGAGUGGAAGAGGCAAAACCGGAGGCAAGGCCAGAGCGAAGGCUAAGACCCGCUCAUCCAGGGCAGGACUGCAGUUCCCCGUCGGUCGUGUUCACAGGCUUCUCCGCAAAGGCAACUAUGCCGAGCGAGUCGGUGCUGGUGCUCCGGUUUAUUUGGCCGCUGUGCUCGAGUAUUUGACUGCUGAGAUCUUGGAGUUGGCUGGAAACGCCGCUCGGGACAACAAGAAGACCCGUAUCAUCCCCCGUCACCUGCAGCUGGCGGUGCGCAACGACGAGGAGCUGAACAAACUCCUGGGCGGAGUGACCAUCGCUCAGGGCGGUGUGCUGCCCAACAUCCAGGCUGUGCUGCUCCCCAAGAAGACCGACAAGCCCGCCAAAACCAAAUAAAUGAGCUGAAGUUACAAAACGUACAAAAACGAAAAUCUCAAAGGCUCUUUUCAGAGCCACCCACUUUUUCU